UUCUGUAACUGGCGCAUCUGUAUUUUGUUUCACAGCGCACGCAAGCAGACAACAAGCAACACACAUAGUCAUGACCGUAAGUAAUCCCACUCUGCGGAGUCAAAUGUCUAUUAUUACAUAAUACACAAUACGCAUUGGAGGAGGCCCUGUUUCAAUCGAGGCACAUAAUUUCAGGUUACUAACAUGGCCAUAAACCGGAACACGGAAUUCAUUCUGCCCCGUUGUCUUUUCUGUUUCUGCUGUUUUUUUCUUAUUUAGCAAGCAUCCAAGAUGUUCAUCCAAAACCCCAACGUUGGCCAGAAAUCCCAGAUCGAAGACUGGAGAAUCACCGGCUACAACCCACUGACUCCUCCUGAUCUCUUACAGUCCGAGUUCCCUUUGAAGGAAAAAAAUGAAGCAGUGAUUUUAAAAGGGCGUAACGACGCUGUUGACAUCUUGCAGGGCAAGGACGACAGACUUUUGAUCGUUAUUGGACCAUGCUCCAUCCACGACCCAAAGGCCGCCCUUGAGUACUGCGACAGACUAGCCGAGUUGAAUGAAUCGCUAAAGGGCGAACUACACAUUGUUAUGAGAGCCUACUUGGAGAAGCCAAGAACUACUGUCGGUUGGAAGGGUUUGAUUAACGACCCAGACAUCGACGGGUCUUUCAAUAUCAACAAAGGGUUGAGAAUCUCCAGAGAGCUGUUCGUCAAGUUAACAGAAAAGCUGCCUAUUGCAGGUGAGAUGUUAGAUACCAUCUCCCCUCAAUUCUUAAGUGACUUGUUCUCCGUCGGUGCCAUUGGUGCCAGAACUACCGAAUCCCAGCUUCACAGAGAGUUGGCAUCAGGCUUAUCCUUCCCGGUUGGUUUCAAGAACGGAACAGAUGGAACCUUGGGCGUUGCCAUCGACGCCAUCAGAGCUGCUGCUCACCCCCACCACUUCCUAUCUGUCACCAAGCCGGGUGUCGUUGCUAUUGUCGGCACCGAAGGUAAUGCCGACACCUUUGUGAUCCUUCGUGGUGGUAAGAAGGGCACAAACUUUGACGAAAAGUCGGUAAUCGAAGCCCAAGAAGCCCUGGAAAAGGCAAAGAUUUCCAAAUCUGGCGAAGCAAGAAUCAUGGUGGAUUGCUCUCAUGGUAACUCUCAGAAAGAUCACAGAAACCAGCCAAAGGUGGCUGCCGAAAUAGCAAGGCAAGUUUCCAACGGCUCCACCAGUAUUUGUGGAUUGAUGAUCGAAUCAAACCUUGCAGAAGGCAGACAGGAUGUGCCGCCUCUUGAGGAUGGUGGAAAGGACGCCCUUAAAUACGGUUGUUCUAUAACAGAUGCCUGUAUAUCAUGGGAAGACACCGUUGCUGUAUUGACUGGACUGGCAAAUGCUGUAAAAGCCAGAAGGGGUUCAAAGCAAAUUUAAAUGUCUCACUUCCACUUGUGUAUGUUUUGUUUCCAUGUUUCAAUAGAAAAGUAUGGCAACGUGACUUCUUGGUUUAUUUUGCAUUUGAAUGUAGUGUUUUUAAAAAAAAUUUAUAAAACCGGAAUAAAUUUAUCGAUGUGUAUAUAAACAAGAAAAAUAGUAGAAUAUCUACGUAA